AUGCCAUAUCAACCACCACCACAAGCACCUCGAACACAAAUCGAGGAACAAGAUGAUGACGUAGAGGUUGUGCCAGAAACGCAAGAAACGCAACCUGAACCUUCAAAAAAGAAAAAUAAAAAGGGAAAGGGUAAAAAGGAAGACGCAGCCGCCAAACAAAAACAACAAUGGACAAAAAUUCAGGAAGAGGCGUUGCCGAAAGCAUAUAUUAACUCUUCAACGUCUCCUAUAAUCGGUAACAAUCAACAAAGCGAUUCGUUUUGGCAAGAAGCCCUUGAUAUAUUCCACGGGCUUAUGGAACAAGGCGAGUACAGAACCAUUGAUUCUAUCAGCUCCAAGUGGCGCAAGAUGAAUACGUUGAUCCAACGCUUUUGUGGGUUUUAUAACACAACGCUCGCCAACAAACCGAGUGGGUGGAACCACGAAAAUGUUUUCAAUGAAGCGGUGCAUUUAUACGAAAAUGAGAGCAAAUCUCCUUUCCCACAUGUCCGUGCUUGGCAAGUUGUAAAGGAUCAACCAAAAUGGAAGGGAUGUCGAAAUGAGGUUGCAAGCGCGAAACGAGCAACGAAACGGUCUAACACUAGGAAGUUAUAG